AUGACGGAUCAACCUACAAAGCAGAAGUUAUGGGGUGGACGAUUCACAGGGAAGACAGAUCCCCUGAUGCAUGAGUUUAAUCAGUCGUUGCGAUACGACCGUCGCAUGUACUCCCAAGAUAUCCGAGGCUCAAUCGCAUAUGCGAAGGCACUCGCUCUCAGAGGUAUUCUGACGAAACAUGAGGAAGUGCGAAUCGUUGAUGGUCUCACGGCGGUUGGCAAAGAGUGGGAGAAUGGCCAGUUCAAGAUCGCACCAGAUGAUGAGGACAUCCAUACGGCGAACGAACGCAGAUUGAGCGAGCUUAUUGGACCCUUGGGCGGGAAGUUACAUACUGGCCGUUCUCGAAACGAUCAAGUUGCAACAGAUAUGCGACUAUGGCUUCUUGACGAAGCCAAGGAAAUUGAAUCGGCGUUGAAGGCUCUCAUCACGGUGAUGGCUGAACGUGCUGACAAGGAGAUAGAUAUCCUCAUGCCUGGUUACACACAUUUGCAGCGUGGCCAACCGAUUCGCUGGGCGCACUUCCUCCUCUCUCAUGCCUUCUCGCUUCAAAACGACCUACAGCGUUUACAGCAGCUGGUCCCACGCAUAUCCGUACUCCCCCUCGGUUCUGGCGCGCUUGCCGGAAACCCUUUCUCUGUCGACCGCGAGUUUCUGCAACAUGAACUCGGUUUUGCGAGUAUUGCGGAGAAUAGUAUGUGGGGAGUUGGUGACCGAGACUUUAUCGUCGAGUUUAUGAUGUGGGCAAGCCUGGCUAUGACGCAUAUCAGCCGAUUAGCAGAGGACCUCGUUAUCUAUUCGACAGCAGAGUUCGGUUUCGUGACACUGAGUGAUGCCUAUAGCACCGGCUCGAGCAUUAUGCCGCAGAAAAAGAAUCCCGACUCACUUGAGCUUCUGAGGGGAAAGAGCGGCCGGAUCUUCGGCAACAUGGCUGGAUUUAUGAUGACCUUGAAAGGCCUCCCUUCGACUUACAAUAAGGAUCUUCAAGAGGAUAAGGAACCGUUAUUUGACACCGUUGACAACAUGUCUGCGUGCUUCCGCAUCGCGGAGGGUGUUAUCGCCACUUUAGAUGUGCAUAAGGAGAAGAUGGAGGCUGCGCUAACCAUGGAUGUGCUUUCGACGGAUCUCGCCGAUUACCUUGUUCGAAAGGGGACUCCGUUCCGAGAGACCCAUCACAUCUCGGGGCGAGCUGUCGCACUUGCAGAGUCGCGUAGAUGUCAGCUAAACGAGUUGACUUUGGAAGACUUUACGCGUCUGAGUGAUAAGUUCUCGGAAGAUGUUCAUGGGGUAUUCAACUUUGAAGCGAGUGUAGAGAGGCGAAAUGCUAUUGGAGGACCAAGUAGAGAGAUGGUAUCUCGACAGCUAGAAAACCUCCGCAAAAGCCUACAAAACUAGUUUAAAAAAGCAUCACUAGAGUGCAUUUUAAAUUGCGAACGCUGCUUUGAAAUGUAUAUAGUCUUAGAGAAAAAUGACAUGACUUGCAUAUUA